AUGCGACUUUCGGUCGUAUUCGAACUGCUGUUGAUCUUUUUGAUCAUAGCUUUUGCGGCCUACGGUAGAGUGGGUAAGUCUGGGAAUUUAUCAAUAAAUCUUCACAUUGCUAUAAUAACGAGUAUUUUCGUUUUUUAGUCCCGGAUAACAAAGUGCCGUGGAAUACCGGAUUGAUCGAUGUACAAGAACAUUUGAAAAUGAUGGGUCGGGCCAGGCAAGCCAACGUUCCACAAGCAGCGCCUCCCAAUCGAUACUGCGCUUGCUCCAACCUUAUGUGCAACUGUUGCCGAGAUUUUUCUCUGCCGGUCGUUCCCAUAAAAGGACCAGGUAAAACAAAUUUUACACGUUUACCGUAAUUUUGAAAAAUCGUUAGGUUUUAACCAAGUUAAAAAUGAGUAGCUAUAGUUAAUUGCGUCAUCAAAAAUAUAUUACGUUUUCAGUAAUUGCAAUUGGUCCGUGGGAUUUACCUCGACUGCAAUUUGACAUAUUAAAAUAACAUUAUGAUGAUUGAUGAGUAAUAAUCGUGACGGGUUUUCGUAUAGGUUGCGCGUCGUUGAAAUAUUUGAAAGGUGACCAAAUGAUGGUGACUAUGAGCUUUGGAGACAGGGUAUUGCGUAACACGACCAUAUCCGGGAAAAAACCCAAGCCCGUGUGCAUGGCCUUGCCAGGAGGAAUAUCUAAGUUCUGUGGUCGGGUGUAUGGUAUAUCAAGGGACGGUGAUCAGUUCAAAGCUUGUCUGGGACUCGAACUCAGGGCCCUCGAUGACGUCGAGGCCGCGUUGAGGGUGUCGUGUUUCCGGUUCGGGCCACAAGGCAUGAAAGUUGAACCGGCCCAACCGUUGCCUGCGUCCCAGACGCUGCAGGGUGAGGACGAGGAAGACGAGGACGACGACGAUGACGAGGAUGAUGAUUAUGGCCUAGGAGGUAGUGAUGACGACGAAGAGGACGACGACGACGCAGUGGACGACGACUCGGAGAACGAUGUGGAGUCGACCGGUGACGCGGACUACACGGGCCUGAGCGCACUGAGCACGGAUUUCCUGGACAGUCUGUUUGGCGGUGGUGGCGCAGAAGAGGAUCAGGAAACGGAGACCAGCGCGGCCAAGCCAACAGUGAAACCCGCGGUUACGGUCAAGGCAAAAGCGACUACGCCGCAGUCGGUGACUAGCCAGCAGCAACAAGUAACGGAGAAACAGCUACAGCAGAGUAGCGCUGAAUCGGUGACGUCUACCUCGUAUACAGUAAGCGUUGUACAAGAUUCAGGCGUAUCUUCGUCGUCGUCAUCCGAAGUGUACGACGAAGUGAGACCGACGGUCAUACCACUUAACGACAGCCCGACGGAUCGCGUGGAAACGGUGCCCACGACGAUCACGGCCGCGGUGAACAACAAGAACAAGGACAAGGAUUAUGAUGACGACGAUGACGAAGACGACGACGACGAUGAGGACAUCGUGUCCGACAUAAUUGAGACGUCAUUGAAUGCGGUGGGCAUGUCGGACACGGCGGACAAGAACUCGACGACAAGCUCGGUGGUGGCGACGACCAAGUCGGCGGUCGCGGACAAACCGGCGGUGACGACCGAAGCGGCGUCCACGUCGACAACGGAUGACAGUGGUCCGGCCGGCAAAGACUACGAUGAUGACGACGAAGACGACGAUGACGGCUUCAGGAGUUUCAAGCAAUUCAAGCACAGUGUGAUGCCGGUGGCCAUCGUGCCGAACGACAGGCGGGGCAGGACGCACAGGAGGAUGAGGCUGUCCUCACUGAACGACGAGUCGUCAAUACAUUUCAUGAAGAAAGUGUAA